CUACUUCGGCCAGGGUGGAAGUCUUUAAAAAACGUAAGAAACUUUUCCCCUCAAUCGGGGAAUUUAGACUACCUUGUAUUUGCAAUGCGUCGUAAAGAGUAUUGAUAACAGGCUUCGACAACAACAUGUCAGAUACCCUAACAACCUCAACUUCUCGCGGUGGGUCUAGACGGAUGGUUAGUCCUGUAACGUUUGAAAAGGACAGAGAUACUGCGGAUGUACAAAUCAACCGAAGCUCACUGGAAAAUGGCCACGGCUUUAGCGACACAUUCACGAAUUCUACAGGUUCUUCAAUUUCUAUGCCUCAAAUUGACUCGUGUAUUCUAGGAAAAGAAACCCUGGAACAGAGGGAAAAGUUUACUCUUUACAAGAUCGAAGUAAACAAUGGUCGAAAAAGUUGGAUAAUCUACAGACGUUAUGGAGACUUUGUUCUUUUGAAUAAAAAGUUACGCAGGCUUUUUCCAGAAUUUCGACUGCAUUUGCCUGGCAAACGUUUCUUCAAAGAUAACUUUGAUAAAGGCUUUAUUGACAAACGCCAAAGAGGUCUUGAAGUGUUCACGAACAAUUUGUUUGGCCAUCGAAAUCUUGUUCUCAGUGAUCCAGUUCAGAGAUUCUACAGAUUGAAUAACCCUCCUCAACCCAGUGAGAGUCUUGAGGCUUGCCAGGACUACUGUCAAUCCCUUGAACAUGCUCUGGCAGAUUUGCGUCAAAAGUUACGUAACCAGACUGCUGAACUUAAUUCCUUGAAAACAGAGCUAUCCCAAGUGACUUAUUACAGGAAUGAAAAUCAGCAUCUCUGUGAACACCUACAGCAACAGCAGACUAAUGUUGAUCAACUCACGAAGAGUCUACAAGAUCAACUGAACAUUGCUUUAGAGAACGAAAGAAGAGCUAAGGAAGAGGUGGAAACCUUGAAGGAAGAGAUGAAAGCUGAACGGGCUUCUGUACAGGCUGCAAGGGUGAUCGAAAAACAAAAGAGAGAUGAAGGAAUUAAUAGGCAGAUGGACUUGUUAAAACAAUCACAGGAGGCUGUCAAUCAAAGAGUCGAUUCUCUUGUUCAUUCCUUGGAACAGGAAUCAAUAAUUGAAAUAAAAAUUGCUGGGGUGACACAAGAAAUGAAAACUGGUGAACGCACAGAAAACAAGGCAAUUCAGCUUAAGAAAGCUCUCGCUGAAACUAGAACUCAACUUGACAAAAUUCACAGAAAUUCAUUAGAGAUGUAUCAGCAAGAAGUUGAAGACCUCAAGGUUGAGUUAUCCAGAGCAGAAUUUUUGGAAAAGGCUAAAACUCAAGAGGCAGAGUCACUGAGGGCAGAGAUUUCUGGUCUUCAUAGAAAAUAUCAGGAUAUCAGGAAGGCACAAGAUGAUUAUAUUUCAGACCUUCUCAGUAAAUUCAAUGACCUUCAGCGAUAUACUGUUUCAACAGAGGAGAAAUAUUUCUUCUCUCUUGUUAUUGGUGUUAAACUCAACAUGGGUGUAUGUGGAUUGAGAGUGGACCAUAUAAAUCACCUCAAACCACCGACACUUUUUGAACAAGUACGGAAUCUCGGCUUCUCCAUAGAACAUUGGCCAAGUUGGUUGUCUCGCACACUGGCAAAUGAUCCUGAGGAUGCAGAUUAA